AUGAAAAUUGGAAAUAUCUCCGUUAUCGUUGCAAUAUUUACAACUCUAUUACUCAACACUUGCAAAGCUUUGAAAGAAAAUUCAUUAAAAACCACCAUCAAAUGGGGAGGUGAUCUGGUCAAUGUAACUAUCUUCAACUUCACUGAUUCUAACACCAACGCCUUUGAUAAUUGGAUUGAGGUAUCAGAUGGAGGGAGAUCUAAGGCUACACUAGUAAAACUUAAAGGGCAGAAUUAUCAAUCAGGGAUAUUCUUCUAUCUUCUCACUCCACGAGAAAAUGGAUCAAGCUUUGCUGGAGUUCAUUGGAUAGUGGCUGAUGAUGUUUUGCCAUUAUAUGACGGUGUAUUCAUUGACUUACGUAGACAGGGUCCACAUUCUCAUUUCAAGUUGUUCUAUGGCGAAUGUUCGGAUACGAGCAAUUGUGCAUCAAGCGAAUCAGUCUUCCAG